AUGAGGGCACAUGCUAGGUCUACCAGUGACCGUGACCGGACCGGUUGUGAGGUGAAGCUGUACAGAAACGCGCUGGGUGAUGAUGCGGCAGUCUCACUGGCGGCGCUCUGUCACAGCAGUCCUGGACUGAUGGAAAUGCAUCUGUCCCACAACUCGUUCACAUCAGUUGGUGCGAAGGCCAUUGUGGACGCAGCCUUGUCGGCUGAGAAGCUGCAGGGCCUUCCUCCUCUUUGGCUGCGACUGGAGCGCAACAGGGUGGAGGAGGCUCCCGCCCUCCUGGAGAGCUGGCAAAGUCAGCGUCGCUCCAUUUGCAGUGUCACGGAGAGCUGUCGACGACCGUCUUGCUGCUUGGGGAUGCGGGUGCACCUUCCUCACUUCACGGCCCAGGAGACAGAUCCAGUGCCCUCGAUGCCAAGAAUCCAUCGCCAAGAGAAGGUUUCUUCGCAGGUGGGGAAGUAUUCCGGCUCCGACAUGAAGCCUUUGCGGCACCUGAAGCGCCGACCUCCAGAGUCCUGGAAGCUUCCGCUCCGCUCUGGCCCGGCCUUCGGAAGAGGUCCUGUGCGUGUCACAGUAGGCUCCGAAGAUGCGGAGUCAGUGCAGCAGGAGCAGUCGAAGUGCUUCAUGAUGAGCCGGAGCGAGAGUCUGCCAAGCGAGGAGGAGCCGGUCAGCAGCGCUGCUCUCUGGCUUUCCUGUUCGAGAAAUGCAAGCAUGCCGAAUGAUGUCCCAGAAGGCCCCAGCUGCGACGACAUGGACGAUGGGUUGAAACAUCGAGUGCUCGACAUUGCUGCUGCCUGGGAGGUGGAGGUCCAACGCCAGCUGGCGCUUGAGGUGGGCAAGCUUGAUUCUGAUGCCGAAAGUACCGAGGAUCCGGAUGCAAGCCGGCAUGACACCAAUAGAACGCCGGUUUCGCCGUGGCUGCGCAUGGACGACUGCACGAGAGCCCGGAUAAUAAACAUGGUCGAAGAGCCCGAAAUAGACUUCGACUCCGAGGAAAGCGAAUGGGAUGAGCCACAAGACGACGAAGAAGGUAUUGUGGACAUGGCAGAUGAGGGACGGCGUGGGGACGAAGCCAUCGCAGACCAGUCGGUUGUGGCCACGGCAAUGGAUGCGCAGGAGCCACGUGUGGUCUACAGUGGAGAUGGUUUUUUCGUACUGUUCAAGCCGCCUAAAUGUGUUUGUGAACCGCCAAACACAACUAUCGGUGUUGCGCGGUAUGUGCAUCAGAUGGGCAUCGAAGACACUGAUCAUGCAAUUUGCCAUCGGUUGGAUCUGCCGACGAGUGGUUUACUGCUUGUGGGUUCGGAUCCAGAAGUUCUGGAUGACUUGUUGCGGCAGCGCAAUGCUCGUAGCUGGUGCAAGAACUAUGUCUGCCUGAUGCACGGGUGGCUGCCGUCCAGCCAGGUGGAAGGUACGCUGCAGUCCAAGCUUCGAACGGAGCGCGAGGGCCAAGGGUACAGGACGUUUGUUGAUCCUGAAUGGGGCUUUAGUGCCAUCACACAUUAUGCUGCGCUUCGGCAUUACAGAUGUCGCAGAAGUGGCAGACCUUUUACACUCAUGAUGCUGCGCAUCAUCACAGGCCGCACACAUCAGAUUCGUGUUCAUAUCGCCGAACUAGGGUUAGCUGCCGGACUGGAAACAGCCGGCAUCGCGGGGGAUGCCAAGUAUCUCGACUCUGCUGCAUUUGCCGGCGAUGUGGCACUCUUCCAGCGCGCUUCGCAGGGGCUCGCAAAGGUUAUCGAGCCACGACUUUGUUUGCAUGCGUGCUCACUGGGAUUCCGGACUCCGCAGAGCAGAUCAUAUCUUACGGUGAAGUGCGGCCUGCCCUCGGACAUGGCCGCCAUCAUUAACAACGAACUGGUGGAGGAGACGCAGUGUGCGAACGGCUGCGGAUCGUUGGCCGAGAGCGGCCUCUGGAUCCUCAGGGAACUCAAUGCAGCAGCCGCAAAGGCUAGCUGGGAUGCACACCAUGCACGACGAGGGCGUCGAGCCCUCUUACUGGCUUUUGAAGCGUGGACAUGGGCGUACCGGCAGAGGAAGACAGACUCAGAUGACGCCAGCGAGGCGUCGACAGAGCAGGUUGACACCUCCCCAGAAGAUGGGAAGGACGGCUGGAGGAAGCUGUUGGGUCGGCUGUUGCUCAAGGACUCGGAGGAUUGCCUGCAACAGCAGCAACAGAUGAAGCUGGAAGCCACGUGGCUGUCACACCUUGCGGGCACCUGGCGGGACUCCUACGGUGCUGUGGGAAGAUUCCAUGCAGACUCGCUGGUGAUGAUCGAGGAUGGAGAGACGUCCGCCGUGAAGGUUCAACAACCGACCUCCAGCAAGGCAUCCAUCCUGGUGCUGCUUUAUGGCGACUUCUGGGAGGCCGAUGCCGACCUCCAAGCCGAUUCUUUGAGCUGGUCAACCGGCGAGCUUUGGGAGAAGGAGCCGAGAGGCUUUGCUGGCCGUUGA